GAUACGGACGUCAGUAAUCUCUCACUACAUCAUCAUGAGAGUUUCAACUGUGCUGCCACUCCUCGCUCUCUCACUCUCUCUAGCAGAGAGCGUUAUGGUGUGCUAUAUGGCGUCCUGGGCUGUGAACCGGAAGGGGCCCGGUAUGUUCGAUGUAGAAGACGUUGAUCGCAUCUGCACUCACCUUAUUUAUGCUUUUAACCGCCUCAACACUACUGGGGAGAUUCAAGUAAACGAUCCGCUCCGUGACCUCUGUGACAACGGUGGAGAGUGUGCCUACAAUAGAUUCACUGCCCUGAAAAAGCAGAACCCCGAGUUGAAAACACUCCUAGCAGUCGGGGGCUGGGGCGACGGCUCUGAAAAAUACUCUAAGAUGGCUGCAGAUCCUGCCAUGAGAAAGAAGUUCAUCGACUCUACCAUGGCACUACUGAAGGAACAUGAUUUCGAUGGUAUGGACCUGGACUGGGAGUACCCAACAAUGCGUGGCGGGACACCUGAAGAUAAAGAUAACUACGUCAUCUUAUUGGGCGAACUACACGACGCGUUACAUGCCGUGGGGAUGAUGCUGACGGCUGCCGUACCCUCUUCCAGUCAAAAAAUCGAUGCAGGCUACGACGUGCCCGGGAUAGCCCAGUCCGUGGAUCUGGUGAACCUCAUGACUUAUUCCCUACACGGUUCUUGGAAUGACUACGUCCAUCAUCAGUCAGGACUCUACCCUUACUAUAAGGACACCGGUCGUAACAGGGAGCUCAACAUUGAAUUCGUCGUCAACUACUGGAUACAGCAAGGAAUGCCAAGCACCAAGAUAGCGAUGGGUGUGCCUACGUACGGCCACUGUUGGACACUUGACGACCUUAGUCAGACCGACUAUUACUCCCCAGCGAGCGAGCCAGGAGAACCUGGGCCCUGGACCAACUCUGCAGGCAUAUGGGCGUACAGUGAGAUCUGCUAUGCGCAACAGGAAGAGCCAGACAAGUGGGUGAUCAAGACAGCUCAAGAGAUGAAGGAACCUUACACCUAUCGAGACGCUCUCUGGUGCUGCUUUGAGAACCAUACCUCGGUCGCUAUCAAGGCUAACUACGCCAAGGAACACAAGUUGGCCGGCAUGAUGGUGUGGACGGUGGAUUACGACGACUUCCAUGGCUACUGUCACGACCGUUCCUUUGACCUUAUCAAGACUAUGGCAGAGACCUUUGGAGCUUCUACUACUUGUAACUUGUAACCUUCUCAGGUGAUUUUUUAUUUAAUAAAUAUACAACAGAAGAAUGAUUAGUGUAAUGAAAGGGUCAUAUUUGCCUCUAGUAAAGAAAAAAACACUUUUUAUUAUGGACCAUCAAUUUAACCGCUCGGUCCCCGCUCCCUCUCACCUUGGAAAUUGACACACAAAUAAAUAAUUAUCUGAAGCGAUAUGUAUUACUAAUGAAUUGUCAGAGAAUAUACAGUGAAUAAUUGUAAUGUGACAUACAACGUAAUCCUUAUGUUAAAUGAUAAAUGUCCGCACUGCAA